UAGGCUUGUUUUGUUUUCAACUUGGAAGUAGAACUAGGGCGGGGUCCCAUCCAUGGCCUCAACCCACCUUGCCGCCUGCCUCACCAUUUCCCUUCUUCUUCUCCAAUCUCUGCAUAUCUCUUCAUAUUCUUCUUCUUCUUCAUCAAUCCUCAAGCUUUCGAAACCCUAACAAUUUAAAAAUAAAAAAUAAAAAAUCCCAUAUUCAUGCAUGGAGGAGUCCUCUGCAUCAUCGCCAUCCAUUGCUGUACCACCACAAUGAUACGAACCUCAACAGCCACAACAACAUCAACAUCAAGAGCCACUCUCAUCACCAAGCUCACAGGUCAGUCCUCUCUCAAAUCACUAUCUUCAAUCGCUCCACUCACCGAACCACCUCCACCCUCCGACCACCACCACCACCCCUCGCCGCCGCCACUCGAUCUCACCGCCACCCAACUCUUCUCUCUCCUCUCUCUCCCUAAUUGGCAGAAACACCCUUCAUUCAAGAAGCUAAUCCCCUCCAUAUCCCCAUCCCAUCUCACCUCUCUCUUUUCCAACAAUCCAAAUCUCAACCCCAACACUGCCCUUGCUCUGUUCAAUUUUCUCUCCCUAAGGCCCACCUUCAAACCCAAUGUCCAGUCCUAUUCCUCUCUACUCUCCAUUCUCAUACGCAAUCGGUUCCUGGGCAUCGCGGAAAAGAUCCGUGUUUCGAUGGUCAAAUCGUGUGAAUCGGUUGAAGAUGCACAAUUCGUGUUGAAUGUGUUGAGAAAGAUGAAUAAAAACAAUGAUGGUGACGGUGAACUUCAAUUUAAGCUCACUCUUAGAUGUUAUAAUAUGCUAUUGAUGUCAUUAGCGAGGUUUCUCAUGAUUGAUGAAAUGAAGAGUGUUUAUGUAGAGAUUUUGGAUGAUAAGAUUUCGCCCAAUAUAUAUACUUUUAAUACUAUGAUUAAUGUGUAUUGUAAAUUGGGGAAUGUGGCUGAGGCGAGGUUGUAUUUAAGUAAAAUUUUGCAAGCCGGAUUGAACCCGGAUGUGCAUACAUACACAUCGCUGAUAUUAGGCAAUUGUAGGAGAAAGGAUGUAGAUAGUGCUUAUACGGUGUUCAAGGUUAUGCCGCAGAAGGGUUGUCGAAGAAAUGAGGUUUCUUAUACCAAUCUCAUUCAUGGGUUUUGUGAAGCUGAGAGAAUUGAUGAAGCUCUCAAGUUGUUUUCCCAUAUGGGGGAUGAUGAUUGUCAUCCGACUGUCCGGACAUAUACUGUUUUGAUACAUGCAUUGUGCGGAUUGGGUAGGAAAAUGGAAGCAUUGAAUCUUUUUAAAGAGAUGAUGGAGAAAGGUUGCGAGCCAAAUGUUCAUACUUACACUGUUCUCAUUGAUAGCAUGUGUAAUGACAAGAAGCUUGACGAAGCCAGGAAAAUGUUGAAUGUGAUGUCAGAGAAAGGGUUGGUUCCAAGUGUUGUGACGUACAAUGCUUUGAUUGAUGGGUACUGUAAGCAGGGAAUGAUUGAUGCUGCAUUUGAAGUAUUUGAUGUGAUGGAGUUGAAUAAUUGCAGUCCCGACGUUCGCACAUACAAUGAGUUGAUUUGUGGGUUUUGUAAGGAUAGAAAGGUUCACAGGGCAAUGGCACUGCUUAGUAAGAUGGUUGGUCGGAAGCUGUCACCGAGCCUGAUUACUUAUAAUCUGUUAAUCCAUGGACAGUGUAAAGAGGGUAAUCUAGAUAGUGCUUUCAGGUUGCUUAAUUUGAUGAAUGAGAAUGGUGUGGUACCCAACCAGCGGACUUAUAGUGCUCUUAUAGAUACUUUAUGUAAACAUGGGAGGGUGGAAGAAGCUCAUUGCCUACUUGAUUCUCUCAAGGAAAAAGGCAUAAGGCCAAAUGAAGUGAUAUAUACUGCUUUAAUCGAUGGGUAUUGCAAAGCAGAGAAAAUUGAUUUUGCGUCCAGUUUGUUGGAGAGGAUGCUUACAGAAAAUUGUUUUCCAAACUCUUGGACUUUCAAUGUGUUGAUAGAUGGAUUGUGCAAAGGGAAUAAACUGCAUGAAGCCUCACAACUACUGGAAAGGAUGGUGAUUGGAGGUGUGAAGCCCACAGUUGUUAGUUAUACGAUACUCAUUGAGCAAAUGUUGAAAGAAUAUGCCUUUGAUGAUGCCGACAAAGUUUUUGACCAAAUGGUCUCCUUAGGAUAUAAGCCUGAUGUUUGCACUUACACUCCAUUUAUUCUUGCAUAUUGCAAGCAAGGGAAGUUGAAAGAAGCAGAAGAUGUGAUGGCUAACAUGAAGGAGAAAGGUGUUCUGCCUGAUUUGAUGACUUAUACAGUAUUAAUUGAUGGGUAUGCGCGAGCAGGAUUGAUACAUCGUGCUUUUGAUAUUUUCAAAUGUAUGUUUGAUGCCGGAUGUGAACCUUCUCAUUAUACCUAUUCUGUUCUAAUCAAACAUCUAUCUAGCGGGAAGUUGUUGAAAGAAAGUAAAAAUAGAAUAGCACAAGAAUUGAAUCCAAAUGUCACCACCAUCAAUAUUGCUGAUGUAUGGAAAAUAAUGGAAUUUGAUACUGCUUUGGAGCUGUUUGAGAGUAUGAUUGAACAUGGUUGCACACCUAAUGUUAACACUUACAGUGCACUCACUACAGGUCUUUGCGGAGAGGGGCGCUUUGAAGAAGCCUCAAGGUUGGUGGAUCAUAUGAAGAAAAGAGGAAUAUCUCCCAGUGAAGACGUUUAUAACUCUCUUGUUAACUGCUACUGCAAAUUGGGAAUGUACAGGGAAGCAUUGAGGAUGGUAGAUACUAUGGUUGGAUGGGGUUUUUUACCACAUCUAGAGUCCUACAAGCUUCUUGUUUGUGGGUUAUAUGAUGAAGGAAAUAUCGAAAAGGCAAAAGCAGUUUUCUGUAGUUUGCUUCAUCAAGGAUACAAUCAUGACGAAGUGGCUUGGAACGUUCUGAUUGAUGGCUUACUUAGGAGGGGUCUUGUUGAUAUAUGCUCUGAACUGGUAGACAUCAUGGAGGAAAAGGGGUGCCAACUUAAUCCUCACACACAUUCAAUGUUGACUGAGGGACUUCUUUUUGAUACAACAGAAGGACAUAAAAGUUAAUAUUUAUUUUAUUUUAUUUUUUUGUAUUUCAGUGAGAUUCUUUAAAAUGUGUUGCAAGAGCUCUAUCUGGUUGGUCUCAGAUAUGAUUGGGUCAAGAGUUCUCUUUUCAGAAGGGACUUCUGGAUAUAAAAAGAUGGGAAGACAUGAAUUUUCCAAUUUUCUUGAGAUUUUUUACAUUUUGGCCAAGAGUUCUCUUUGGUUGGCCUCCCACAUAAAUUGGUGGAGGCUAAAAGUAUACAGAUGCGGAACCAAUUCUUUGGCACACAUACUCAAAAUUUCUUGAUUUAAUUGUUCUCAAUAAUCAAGCAGUUGUUAUAUGGGAAGCACUCCCAUAUAUCAUUUGGAUAUCCCAAAAUCUGAUUCUACUAGUAGCCCCACACAAUGUAAACAAAUGUCAAUGACAAGCAUGAGGCAAGUGACCGUUUACCAAAAGUUUCUAUUUUCUUCCUUAUCCUUUCUGUCUUGUCUUGUUUUCCUUCUUUUAGAUGAAUCAUUUUUGUGUUUUUCGCAAGCAAUACAGAAAGAAUGCUCUCUUUUUGGUGGUUACUGAUGGUACAUUUGCACAUACGAGAAGCUGACCUAGAUUGAAACUAAAAGAUAAAUGAGGUAAAGGAAUUUAUGGGAGAUGAAAGAAAGAGGAGCUUGGACUGAUAGCUGAUCAGAAAUUUACAUUUGUGUCCUGGGAAGAGGCAGUGAGGCAACAGCAGUGAGAUCUCCCCCUUGGAUUAGCAGCACAUAGAACAGCAAUAGAAGAGUGGACUAGAUCUCUACAUUUUUUUGGCAAAGGAAAAUAAUUCGACUUUGUGGUGUACAGAAAGACAUCUUCGCCUCCACAGAAGUCUGGCAUUGUGUUUGGUUGGUAUGUUGUUAGCGUCUCUCACAUUACUAUUGACAAACAACUGAUGCAAGCUAAUGUGGGGGUGUAUAUGGUAAUUGUAAAAGUUCAGUUGAGAGGAAGAAGAUGAAUGCAAAAGAGUUGCAAAAUAGUGCCGAGUGUAUACCCUUCUCAAAUGCAUUGUGUAUACAUGGUAUCACAAAUAUGUUACAUAAACAUAAGCUGUAUAUUUUCACAGCUAGAGACAUACAUUUUUAAGGUUACAUAUUGAAUGACAAUGCUUUUUUCUCAUCCUUGUUUGACAUUCUA